AUGUUCUACGCUGAUCGGCACCUUUUCCUCCUCCAUCGGGCUCUGGGACCGCGUGAGCGAGAGGAGGCAGCAGAAGAAGAGGGACACGAAGCAGGUGAGCAAGCCUUUGGCAUCAGGCCUCAGCUGUCGCUGCCCGUCAUCAGACUAACAGCCGGGGAGGACGACGAGAUUAAGCGGCUGCAGGAGCAGGUGGCCGAGGCAGAAAAACGUGGCAAGGCGCGAGAGGAAGAGCCCCCACGCCGGUCCGGGGGCGGGGACCUGGGCCGCGCGCUCGAGAGGUCUGGCACAAUGAUCAAACGAGAAUACGACGAGGGCUUCGAGCGGCUGGGGCGACGCUAUGCCAUGGGAGACACCAUCACGGAAAACCAGCUGCAGGCCCAGAUUAUUGCUCUGCAGCAGACCGUCAUCUCGGUCCUACAAGAGGCCCUCGCCAACGACCGGUCCAUAUCACGUGCCGACAUGCAGAGGCUCAUGCUGGCCUCGUCGGCUGCCCGGGAGGGCUCGUUGGACGCCCUGCGCCAGCAAUACCAGCGCCUGACGACCGCCACUCUGCCGCCCCAGAGGGCAUUGCCACCUCCCAAGCGAGCGUCUACCAUCAUCGAGGCCGACUCGCUCUUCUGCAGGUACAGUCUUGAUCUCCAAUACGUGCCUAAGAAGCCCCUGUCUGCGUCCUUUGCACCGGGCGGCGAUGGCCGGUGCCCCGAAUGCCGCGUUCGCCUGGACGUGGAGCCGUCCGACACGUAUUGGCACAUCGAGAAGCGCGCGCCUAUCAUCGUCUCCGACGGACGCUACGAGGAGCAGGUCAUGGAGGAGUUCCCCUUCCAUCUCGGGCAGCGCUUCAUUGUCAAGUGCCACACCGAGGAUGGCGAGUAUGCCUGUGUGCUCUGUAACAAGUAUAGGAGUGUCGACGUGGUUUGUGGCAGCGUCGAAACCUUGGUGAACCACGUCGGCAAGGCCCACGAUGUUUCCGAACUUCAAAGAGAACCCGAUCUUCGGGAGAGGCCUGUCCCACAGAGAGCCCUGCCCCCGAUGGAACAGGAACCCUACGUCGUCCAGGAGCUCGAAAGGCGUGACAGACUGUUACGAUGA